CUCAAGUCUGAACAAUACAGUUUCGAAAACCAUUCAUUUCAGUGUUGGCUAGCUGACAAUUUUGGACAUAAACGUCGAGGAGAGUUCUAUACAUUAUUUUGCAUCUUCAAUGGUGAUUUCAACCACCGACAUGAUGUCGUAUAAGAUCAUAUUUGCAUCCGUGUCAGUUUUCUUGAUAUUCGGGGGUUGUGUUUUUGCACGUCCCGUACCAUCCGAAUUUUCAUUUGAUGAAACAACGAAAAGUAAUCAUUCACACAACGAGAAUCAAACAGCAGCUCUAUUGCUUAAAGAACACAAUCCUGGGGCUGACAUGCCAUUAACUAACCGAGCGCCCUCGUCGAAUUCCAGCAAUUCCGGCUUCGGUUGGAGGAACCUGCUUCCGAGCCACUUUGGCGAAUUUUUCGAAGUCUUUGUUUUUUUCAUGGAAUUGAAAUGGCAUUAUGAAAUCGAAGAAUCAAUUGCGGCAGUUGGUCAUAGAAUAAGUAACGAUCUUCACAAGAAUAAUAUAGAUCAAAUGGAAAUCACUGAGACGGACAGUGGCGGAAGCGAAACCAAUGAAGUUGACAACCGUCUCGACACAGUGAAAUAUCUGCAAUAUUAUUUAAACGCAAUGGCACCAAUAUACGGAAUUCAAAGUAUAAAAACUGAUUUGUCAAAAAUAUAAAAUUUAAAAUUACCGCUCUUCAAUGCCCCUAUUGUUUUGUUCCUUUGUUUGUUGUGUUUUUUUGUGUUUUUAUUAUUUUGUUUUUUUCUGGAGGAAAAUGUUUUAAGCAUUGUAAUGAUGACUAUAUGUGACUUCCAAGAAUUUUAUGCUUUCUUUUUAUUAAAAGAGAUAGAAACAAAACAAAACAAAAAACAUGGCAGUUACCUAUUAAUUACAAAAAAAUAUAUUAUUUAACAUGGCAUGGAGACACCUAUAUGGUGCCCAGCAACUUUGCGUUUUUCAUGCUACUAAAGAACUAUGAUGGUUAUACCGUUGAUACGGUAGUCUAAGAAUUGUUCAUCUAAGAUGAGGGUUAGCGAAAAGACUGUUUCGUGCAUGUAACGGUCAUUGAAUUAUUCCCUUUUACUUGUAACAAUAAGACUUUUUGCAUUCCCAUACAUGAUCCUUUAACGGGAGAGCUUGAAGUGUUUUUUUAGCAGGUAUUUCUGUCGUCCCAUUUCUGUUAUCCUAAACGUGAUUUCCAUCAGUGUUAUACGGUAAAAUCCCCUAGCGUUAAGAAUUGCUUAA